AUGUUUAGAAGAGGUUUACAUACGUUAGCAACUAAAGAAGUUGUAGAACUGGCAUAUAGUCAUAGUGGUGGGAAGUCUGCAAAGAGUCAUACGUUACCAGCAAUUAUAGCCAUACAUGGUUUGCUGGGUGCAAAAGCUCAUUUUAAGCCCCUAACCAGAAUGUUAGCUUCCGACUUAGAUACUGACAUCUACUCCAUAGAUCUUAGAAACCAUGGUGAUUCUCCUAUGGCAAGACCUUAUGAUUAUAUUACCCACACUAAGGAUGUGAUUAACUUUAUUAGAACAAAGAUUGGGCCUGAAAGACCCGUUCAAAUGAUUGGAUUUUCGCUGGGCGGAAAAAUAUCAUUAAUUUCAGCACUAUCUGAUAAAGUAAAUGUAAGGUCGUGUACAUCAAUUGAUAUCCCACCUUAUGAGACCCCUGAAUUAGACGACAUAUUAACGGUUAACUACGAGACAAUCUUGAAAAUAAUUAAUGGCGAAAAUGGAUAUCAAAUCAAGAAAGGUGAACCAAAUUGGCAGGGCAAAGUCAUGAAUCUCUUAAGGGCUAACAAAUGUAACACUAAUGAAGGCAUCGUUAGGUACUUCGCUGCAGGUUUUGUGAUGAAUAAAGUCAAUAAAGAGAAAAAAGACGAAUUUCUGGAUUUUAAACAGCCUUUGAAUGAAAUGCCAGAUUUGCUGGAUCAAGUAAAAGCAUGGCCAACUAAAGAAGAACUAGAAGCAAAUGGUUUCAAAUAUCAGACACAAACACCAAUUCUAUUCUGCAAGGCCACUGAAUCACCAUUUAUAAAGAGGGACUAUUCUUUGUUAGGAAGGCAGUUCCCUAAUUAUACUGUUGAGGAAUUCAACACCUCCCACAACAUUGCUCAUGAGGCACCUGAACAGUUCUACAAGGCUUUACUAACGUUCAUUAAAGCUCAUGAAUAA